CCGCCACAAAUAAAUCAAUGACUUCACCAUGACUCUGUACCUGCGUCACUACUGGAAGGACGAGCGGCUGUCCUUCCCGAGCACCAACAACCAGAGCAUGACCUUCGACAGCCGCCUGGUGAAGAAGAUCUGGGUCCCCGACAUGUUCUUCGUCCACUCCAAGCGAUCUUUCAUCCACGACACCACGACCGAUAACGUCAUGCUGAGGGUUUACCCCGACGGAAACGUCCUCUACAGUCUCAGAGUCACUGUCACUGCCAUGUGCAACAUGGACCUCAGCCGCUUCCCUCUGGACACCCAGACCUGCUCGCUGGAGAUCGAGAGCUAUGCGUACACAGAUGACGACCUGAUGUUGUACUGGAAGAAGGGCAACGAAUCCCUGAACACGGACGAAAGAAUAUCUCUGUCCCAGUUCCUCAUCCAGAAAUUUCACACCACCACUAAGCUGGCUUUCUACAGCAGCACAGGCUGGUACAAUCGCUUGUACAUCCACUUCACCCUGCGGCGCCACAUCUUCUUCUUCCUGCUGCAGACCUACUUCCCGGCCACUCUGAUGGUCAUGUUGUCCUGGGUGUCCUUCUGGAUCGACCGCAGGGCCGUCCCCGCCAGGGUGCCGCUCGGCAUCACCACAGUGCUAACCAUGUCCACCAUCAUCACCGGGGUCAACGCCUCCAUGCCCCGCGUCUCCUACAUCAAGGCGGUGGACAUUUACCUCUGGGUCAGUUUUGUCUUUGUGUUCCUGUCGGUGAUAGAGUACGCGGCGGUCAACUACCUCUCCACCGUGCAGGAGAGGAAAGAGAGGAAACUGAGGGAGAGACUGCCGUGUACAUGCGGCCUUGGUAACCCUGACGACAUGAUGAUCGACCCCCAGAUCACUGGCUACGGGUCCAUGGAUAUCAACAACACGGGGAAUUAUGGGAUGCCGGUGAACGGCGGUCGCCAGGACAGAAUGUUGGCCCAGGUGUCUCUGAAUGACCCGCAGAUCACAGGCCAGAUGAAGGCCUCCAGAGGCUACGUGAACGUUUGGAUAGACACCCACGCUAUAGACAAGUACUCCAGGGUUAUGUUUCCUGGAGCGUACAUCCUCUUUAACAUCAUCUAUUGGUCCAUCUACUCAUAACCCGGGGAUGCAGAAGAUGAUGAUGAUGAGACUCCAGGAGCAGGAACACGUGAUGCUUUUCAGACAUGAUGAAGCAUGGGGACCACUGACAGAUUGGUGACCACUGCCUUCUCGACCCAGCCACUUAAAACUGGAGAAUUUCAAAUCAGCUACAGACGGACAGGAUGGUUGACAUAGCUGUUUUUAUCACUCCGUCAAAUCUGUGUGGUUUCAUGUUGUAAUUAUAGACGUUUGGAUAUCGUUGUGUCCUGAAAACGUACUUCACAGAGAGACUCACACACAUGGACCUGUGUUUCUGUGCAGCUCAACCCACUUCAGUUAUCAAUGCAGUGACUCAGCAACUCUUUAAUUAAAAUAUGAACCGGAAGCGGAUUACUGACACAUUCCUUUUCUUUUUCUAUAUGAACUAGACGUGACAAUCAAUGGCAAACUGAAAAUAUUCAAGGUUGGUUUGUCGUUAUUAUAUUCUAGAUAUCAUUCUUCGUCGUAAAAAUCUCAGCUCUUGGAUGAGAAAAAAAAUGAAUUUUCUUCUAAAAACCUGAUAAUGUGAUUAUUUUAAAGUGUUUCCUUUGCAGCACGUUAGUUUGAUUCAGAAUGUGUUAAAUGUUCUGGUGAUCUUUGUGUCAAUGCAAUUAUUUUGCUGUCAAGCUACUUACUGUCGUGCGUUUUCGUAAUUCGACAAAGUUCAAUAUAAAGAAAAAGAGCAAAAAAUGCAGUCAAUAAAAACACAAAUGUUAAUAUGUAUGUUAAGUAAAACCGGAACAUGAAUUAUGGUAUUGACUUGAUAAAUGUACUAAUUUCAUAUUUCAAUAUUUUAUACAACUGAAGCUCAUCUCCUCUGUUUGAUGUUGUGAGGCGUUGAGGUUACAGUGACCUGUUAGUUGCUAGUGUUAUCGUCUUUUUCAGCUUUAAACUCAAUUAUGUUUUGGUGAUUAAUGACAAUUUUAUGACAAAAAAAAUCUGAUAUUAUAGCAAACGCUGGUAACAAAUGUAUCAAUGGGAAACAUGUUUGAUAAUGAGCUUACAGGUGCUGAAGAACACAAUCACAAUACUGUACAUUUUAAAUCUCCUCAGUGUAAUACAUGUACAGAUGUAAAUGGAUUUUGCUGCAUGGCUGAAUAUCGCUUCUUUCUGAAUGUUGCUUCUGAAGACAUCAAUUAAAAUCUGCUCAAAACA